CGGACUGACAACUCAUGGGGCCCCCGGGCAAUAGGGGAUCAUGGGGCCCCUGUGUCCUUGCCCAAACUCAAAAAAGCCUAUGAAAAAGGUACCAGGGGCAUCUCAUGGGGCCCCCUACUGACCCCGGGCCCUCGGGCUGAGCCCGAGUUUCCAAAUGGUCAGUCCGCCCCUGGGUGAAACAGUUGGCGAAGAGGCAUGAUAUUACCUCCUCAGCACCUGUCAAAUGCCUCUAAAAAGCAAUUCGAACGCAGAUCGCUUUUCAGAGGUAUGGCCAUCAAGUCUAAAACUUAGCCUUACAAUUGCAGGCAAUGCACCGCAAUG